CAUGGCGUCUGAUAGGAAAGUCUGUUUCUAGAUCGGUUUUAUAAAGUAUUUAUUUGAUUUUAUGACAUCAAAUUGGGCGAAGGCUUAUUGUAAAAGCCGCAAACAUUUUCUAGAUUUUUGCAUUGAUGGUAAUGCAUGCAAGGAAAACGCAACGGAUGAGCGAUGGGUACUUCGAGAAGCACCAAACCCAUCCCUAUCAGAAUUCAAAGUAUUCAUCAUCAAAAAGCUACGGUCCAAACAAUGAAAGGUACGAAAAAUUCCGCAACUCCCCCAAUGGCACCUACAGAUCAGACAGUCCGGAAACGCAAUCGCCUAGAGACAGGGAACGUCCUUACCAAUCGAAGGGUUCCUAUUUACAGAAAAUGCGCGAAAAGGAGAGAGAGAAUAGAGACUAUAAAAUGUCGCGGGACAAGUAUUUGGACUUGUCCAGAUCGCCCAAAGACAAAAGGAGUCGGGACUCGGACCAUAGAACCAAUAAUAGCGAUAGGAAUGAUGACAAGAGCAUUUUGCAUCCCUUAAAAGCCGGGCAGUUAUCUUCCAGGGAUCGAAAACCUAUGCACAACAAUUGUGUGGAUAAGAGAGACGACAGAGACAGAGUGCUGAAAGUUGGUGACUGGUCGGAACAUGUCAGUUCUUCAGGCAAAAAGUAUUAUUACAAUUGCAAGACCGAAGUGUCACAAUGGGAAAAACCUAGAGAAUGGAUUGAGAGGGAAAGGGACCGAGACAGGUUCAGAGGAAGAGACAGGGAAAGAGAUGACAGGUAUAGGGACAGUUCCAGUAGAUCAAGUAUGCGUCAUGAAAAACAUUCCAACUCUAGGGGCUCAAAUGGCAGUGGCAGCAGUAAAGACACUACGCGACAUUGGAGCAAUAACAGUAGCUCGAAUAGGGAAGCCCCAGAAGGGUCCAAUAAGGAAUCUAUAUCUGAUUGGGCUUCGAGUUCAAGAAGACAUUCAAAUCCUGACAGUUCAGUGCAAUCGGUAGCUUCAUCAGCCGCCCAAGAUAUGGAUAUAUCACCAGGAGAUAGUACACCCACCUCUGAGGUAUCUUAUGGCACAAGCUCCACACACCAAACACCAAUGGUUGUGGAACAACCAGUUAUGGGUCCAGUGCUGUUGGCCAACGCCCUACCGCGGUUAUCAUCGCAUCCGACGAGUACACCCUCAGCCACGCCCAUCCUUCUAACGCCACCCAGUUUACUAUCGACACCUAGUUUAUUUACCAUGGCGUCGCCGCUAAUAAAUACUACUAGCAUGAGUAGCGGUUCGCCUACCCAAAUUGUGUAUAUGGCGUCUCAGGGUAGUAUAAAUGCACCCGGCCCACCGCAAGGAGAAAUUAAGAAACCCGAAUCUUUGACUAUAGAUACAAGCCAGGCUAUGUCGGUCGAUGGACCACCUACGCCUACCCAUUCAGAAGUACCUGAUUGUGCUAAAGUUGUUACAGCGCCAACGGGUAGUCCGCCAGCAGGAGGUUUACCUCCGAUGCAGGGCGUGUCCAGUUCACUGCCAGCUUCGCUACGGCCUCAAGGUCCCACCAUCACACCGACGUUGGCCAAAAUGGCCAAUUACCACAGGGACGAUUUAGUGAACCACGUGCGAGGGUGGCCCGCCGAUAUUCUCGAAAAACCGAUGCAGAAGCUGGCAGAAGAAACGUAUUUUACGCAUAGCAUACAAUGUUCCAAAGUCUCGGCGGAUUUGAAGUCUGCAAGGUCCGUGGUAAGACUGACCGAGAUUCAAGCGACGUUACAAGAACAAAGAAAAUUGUUUUUACGUCUACAGAUAAAAGAGCUGGAAGAACUCAAGUCUCAAAAUUCGUUCAUGUCCGAUGAUCCUUAGUGUCACCGAAACUAGUCGAUUAAAACCAAUUCUAUUUUUUUUCUGUGCUAAACGUUGCGUUUGUCUAGGGAAUCGUCGUUUUAUUGCAAGUUGUUUGUUUGUUUUUUGUUGGUGUACGUUGUAGGGCCGGACAGGUAUUGUUGAUGGGACGCAGUACACGAAUUUUAAUUUUUGGUCACCCCCCUGUGAGUAUUAUAGUACAAUUUCCUAGAGCUAUUGUCCAUGAGCAUCCAACGCCAAAAAAACAAAAUGAACAAUAAAGUUUUGUUUCUAAGGGGAAUUAUUCAGUGGUAUAAAGAUUUUUUGUUUUUUGACUAGACCCCAGAGAUGGAUUUAAUUGAGAUUGCAGUUUUGGAUUUUUUUUUUAUUUUGGAUAAUUCCCAUUUAAAAAGAAACCAAUUCCUGUUUAAUUGUAAAUUUAUUAUCUGUAUAUUUUUGGUAAUUAUUUAUAACACUUUCGUAAUUUUUUAGGUUGAAACACUGUUGUAUGUAUAUAUAGGUAUAAAUAUUUUCUAACCUCAAGCUUGAUAAUUUUUGUCUUCACAUUCAUUAUAGGAUUUCUAGACUUGUCCGCCCUAAAGGAAAAUAAUCAUUUAUGCGGUGUAAUAAAUUAUAUUUUUUUAAAAAUUGUCUCAAAUUAUUCAUUCUCGUGACUCCUCUAUUGUGGAAAUUUUUUGUUCUCUGUAUAGCUAACCAAUUGAAGACUAUCUGUGAACUUUGCAAGAUUUGAGAUUCUUGAAAUUCAACUUUGUUCAAAGAUUGACUGUUUCUUUAAUUGUUGUACUAUAAAUAAAUUUUAAUUGCAUUUUUUUUUCCAAGUAAAAUUCCAAUUUCUGUUAGGUUUUUUUUUUAUUUCUUCUGUACUCUUUAUGCAUUUACUAUUCAAGAAUUCUUAAAAGUUCCCAUUGCGUCGUCUCAAAUAUUGCAUAAGUGAAAGUGAAGUGACUGUAUUAUAUCGGUUUUAUGUUUUAGAUUUAUAGGUAAAUUAAUAAUUACAAUAUAGAUUUAUAGAUUUUGUUACUGUGUAUAAUUUGGAUUUUGCUACCUUCUACGGCGAUUUUUCCAAAAUUGAUUGUUUUCCC